GGCAACACUGGAUCAGGAGAAGCAGGUUGAAGUGUAGACAGGAGCACAAAGGAAAUCCGUGAGGAGGUUUUUAUAAGCUUUAGAGCUAUUAUGAGUUCAGCGGGAGACAGACAGCACUCCUUCAGGAAGUCGCAGGCUCCUGAUCCCUUACAGCUGUAUGAGGACAUGAAAACAGAGUCUUCGGAUGAAGGGACAUCUGAAGUGUCAGAAGUCUGUGUGAAGAAAGAGGAGACACUGGAGCUGAACAUCUACAACCAUGGAGACGAUCUUGACAACCCAUCUGACGUUCUCUCCCUUAAAGGGGAAGAUCCUGACAAUAAAGACUACCUCUAUUGUGAAGUUUGCAAAUCCUUUUUCUUCAACAAGUGUGAGGCUCAUGGACCACCCCUCUUCAUCCCCGAUACUGCUGUUCCCAUGGGGGUUUCUGACCGAGCCAAACAAACACUUCCUCCUGGACUAGAGCUUCAGAAGUCUGGCAUUCCUGACGCAGGCCUGGGAGUAUUUAAUAAGGGGGAGACACUUCCAGUAGGUGCACACUUUGGACCCUACCAGGGAGAGUUGGUAGACAGCGAGGAAGCCAUGAACAGUGGAUACUCCUGGGUGAUACGCAGGACCAGGCAGUGCGAAGAAUAUAUCGAUGGCAAACGAGAAAUGCAUGCAAAUUGGAUGAGGUAUGUGAAUUGUGCCCGUAAUUAUGAAGAACAGAAUCUUGUAGCAUUUCAGUAUCGAGGGGGAAUUCUAUAUCGUUGCUGUCGACCCAUUACUCCAGGACAGGAGCUCUUGGUGUGGUAUAAAGAGGAGUACGCCAAAGAACUCAGUCCUGUGUUUGAUAACCUCUGGAACAAAAAGUGCUCCAUGAAUGAAGUAAACAACGCUCUGCUGCAAGUCUUUUCCUGCCCCAUAUGUCCUCUUUCCUAUACAUCUCAGAUUUACCGCCACAAACACAUCCAGAGAUGCCAUUAUGAAGAGUUUAUGAGACUGCAGAAAUCAGGAGAGAUAAAAUAUGAGCUUCAGAUCCCCUCCAAAGGUUCCAGUAAUCAGCCAACAUCAUCUGAUGCUUUCAGUUUGGACACUUCUCACAAUGAUGUACAGAAGGAAAUAUACCACUGCUCAUACUGUGGAAAGAUCUUUGGUCAUCAGACUGCCCUCAAAACACACCAGUGCUGUCAUGCAGGAGAAAAGCCACAUCGCUGCUCACAGUGUGGAAAAAGUUUUACUCAACAGAGUCAUCUUCAAACACACCAGCGCAUUCACACAGGAGAGAAGCCGUAUCACUGCUUACAGUGUGGAAAGAGUUUUACUCAACAGAGUCAUCUCCAAAAACACCAGCGCAUUCAUACAGGAGAGAAGCCGUAUCACUGCAUACAGUGUGGAAAGAGUUUUAUUCAUCAGAGUAAUCUCCAAAAACACCAGCACAUUCACACAGGAGAGAAGCCCUUUCACUGCAUACAGUGUGGAAAGAGUUUUACUCAUCAGAGUAAUCUCCAAACACACCAGCGCAUUCACACAGGGGAGAAGCCGUAUCACUGCUUACAGUGUGGGAAGAGUUUUAAUCAUCAGAGUAGUCUCCAACAACACCAGAACAUUCACACUGAAGAGAAGCCGUAUCACUGCUCACAGUGUGGGAAGAGUUUUACUCAACAGAGUCAUCUCCAAACACACCAGCGCAUUCACACAGGAGAGAAACCGUUUCACUGCUCACAAUGUGGAAAGAAUUUUACUCAACAGAGUCAUCUCCAAAAACACCAGCGCAUUCAUACAGGAGAGAAGCCGUUUCACUGCACACAGUGUGGGAAGAGUUUUAUUCAUCAGAGUAAUCUCCAAGAACAUCAGCGCAUUCACACAGGAGAGAAACCUUAUCCCUGCUCACAGUGUGGGAAGAGUUUUCUGCAUCAGCGUGCUGUCCAAAAACAUCAGCGCAUUCACACAGGAGAGAAGCCGUAUCACUGCACACAGUGUGGGAAGAGUUUUACUCAACAGAGUAAUCUCCAAACACACCAGCGCAUUCACACAGGAGAGAAGCCCUUUCACUGCACACAGUGUGGAAAGAAUUUUACUUAUUCAGCUACAUUUAAGACCCACAAGUGCACCAAGUCAGAGACUUUGCAUUAAGUAUACUGUAUUUAUUACAAUUUUGGCUAAAAAUGAUCUGUGUUUUUAUUUUUGUUGACUUUCUUUUGAAGUUAAAAUAUGUAAUCAUGUAGUAAUGUUUAAAAUAAGAAUAUUAAUGGUUUCUUUUGACCUUUAGUAGUGACAUUAAUUACCACACAAAUCAUGUAUAAACUGCAGUGCAAUUAGUGUAGUACCUCAGCAUUAGACAAAACAGAGCCAGUGAGAUACCAUAAAGUUUGUCAGUAAAUUCAAAUAACAUGUGAAUAGGCUGGAAACAGUACCAACAAGUCUUUUUGCCAAUAAUCCAUAAUUAUUCCAUGAGUACAUGACUUAAUCCUUGAGAACAAUUUGAUUUAGUGAUAUUUUAGGAAAGGUGAUUUCCUUAAGGGGCUUAGUGAUGAUGUGUUCAUGUCUGUACUUUGCUCACUCAUAAUGUACAUGUAACUGUUCCUUAGAUCAUAAUGGAUCAUGAUUUUGUCUUUGAUCAUGUUUUCUUUUAAUUUAGUCCAGUUUACGAGGGUAAGUCAAAAAGUUCUAAGACAAAUUGAAAAAAAUCUUUAUUUAUGAAAAUAACAAAGCUGUUUCUCUACAUAUCCUCCAUUUAAGUCUAAACACUUCUGCAAGCGGUGUUUCCAUCAGAGAAUUCCUUCUUUGUAGAAUUCUGGGGGAAGUCUUUCAUACCUUUUGAAAUUAUAACAUCUGUCUUAGAACUUUUUGAC